AUGCACGCAAUUUGGCAGGAUCAGAACAGUACAAUCCCAUUAGAGAAGAACCCCAGGAAAACCACCUGCAGCACCUUUUCAAAGGGUUUCACAAUUGCAAAUGAGGAACAAUUUCCUGUGAAAUUCGCUCUCUUCCCACAUCCUCCGAGCAAAAAGGCAUCGUGUGAUCGGAUAGGUUCUGUCUGCAGAGGCGGCUGGAGGGAGCGAGCGAGCUACAAUGACUUUCAGGUAGUGAGUGUCCCUGGGCCCGAGGAACGUGGGCGCGCGGAGUUUGGGAGGAACAGGUAUAAGGGUGGCAGCCCGCAGUGCUCAGACAGCGAGCAGCUGGCUGGUGGAGCCCCGGGAGUCUUCCGCGUGGGUGACAACGAUCUCCCGGCACACCACUGCGCUGGGUCAAACCUGAACCGGUUUUCCCAUGGGAAAAUCCGACCUGGAGGUUGUUCCACAGUCAAGAGCAAACCGGAGAGUUUCACAGCAGCCCUCGCGGAAUGUUGGUUCAGGAAUAAGACGGUCAGCUGUACCUCAAUCCACCGCACAGCACCGAACGCUGGAGAGGCUCAGAGGCUGACCAUAAUGAACGCGGAAAAAAAAUCUCUCAAGAUCAAAAAAUCUAAUGUGUUUCCCCUUUUCCUUGUGUCUUUUGCCAGCUCCAGUUUUCCGUGGUUCCUCAAGACAUUAGCCAUGAUUCUAGGACUUGCCACUGUUGUGUUUAUGGUCCGAAGUGUGGUAGAGUUCAGCACCUUCAAGCCAAAGUUCCCGAGGCCUGCGUCGGUGGACCCAGUGCUGAAACUUCUACCAGAGGAGCACCUGAGGAAACUCUUUACCUACAGCGGUGUCUGGCUCUUCCCCAAAAAUCAGUGUGACUGUGACUCUGGCAAACUGCAAAUGCAAUAUAGGUAUCAGGAUGCCUACAACCAGAAGGACCUUCCAGCUGUGAAUGCCAGAAGACAGGCAGAAUUUGAGCACUUUCAGAGGAGAGAAGGGCUGCCUCGCCCACCACCUCUGCUGGCUCCACCCAAUCUCCCCUUCGGAUACCCAGUCCAUGGCGUGGAGGUGAUGCCUCUGCACACGAUUAUCAUCCCAGGCCUCCAGUAUGAAGGGCCAGAUGCCCCAGUCUAUGAGGUCACCCUGAAAGCUUCUCUGGGGACACUGAACACCCUUGCUGAUGUCACAGACAAUGAGGUUCAGGGCAGAGGCCAGAGGCAGCUGACCAUUUCCACAAGACACCGGAAGGUCCUGAAUUUCAUCCUUCAGCAUGUGACAUACACCAGCACAGUGUACCACCUCCACAAGGUGGACACAGUGAGUGUGGAAUCCCAGUCGUCAGUGGCCAAGUUUCCAGUGACUAUCAAACAACAGACUGUACCCAAGUUGUAUGACCCUGGACCUGAGAGGAAGCUCAGAGACCUGGUGACCAUUGCCACGAAGACUUUUCUCCGUCCCCACAAGUUUAAGAUCCUGCUUCAGAGUAUUCGAAAAUAUUACCCAGACUUAACCGUGAUUGUAGCUGAUGACAGCAAGGAGCCCCUGGAAAUUAAAGAUGACCACGUGGAAUAUUACCCCAUGCCCUUUGGGAAGGGUUGGUUUGCUGGUAGGAACCUGGCCAUCUCACAGGUGACUACUAAAUAUGUCCUCUGGGUGGACGAUGACUUUCUCUUCAGCAACAAGACCAAGAUUGAGGUACUGGUGGAUGUCCUGGAGAAAACUGAACUGGAUGUGGUGGGUGGCAGCCUGCGGGGAAACUCUUUCCAGUUCCAGCUGUUGUUGGAACAGAGCGAGAACGGGGGCUGUCUUCACCAGAGGUGGGGAUCGUUCCAGGCCCUCGAUGGCUUUCCGGGAUGCUCACUGACCAGUGGCGUUUUGAAUUUCUUUCUGGCUCACACCGAGCGACUCCAAAGAGUCGGUUUUGAUCCGGUCUUGCAACGAGUGGCCCACAGAGAGUUCUUUAUUGAUGGGCUGGGGAGCCUGUUGGUGGGCUCGUGCCCAGGGGUGAUUGUAGACCACCAAUUAAGAACACCAUCAACCGAUCCAAAGCUGGCUGCCUUGGAGAGUUCUUACGCCAGAUACCGAACCAACACCAAUUCUCAGGUCCAGUUCAAGCUAGCGCUCCACUACUUCAAGAACCAUCUCUACUGCGCCACUUAAAAGUACAAAGAACCGGAAAUGCCAUAAACAGAUUAGCUGCCCACAACAAGAAAGAGUAGGUCUGGA